AUGCCUGCCUUCCUUGGUUUGAAGUGUCUGGGGAAAUUGUGCAACUCUGAGAAAAGCAAAGUCAUCUCAACGAAAAGAACAAGUGCCCGGGUCUCAUCCAGAAGGAAACUGAUUGUUGAAGACCUGAGUGUCCCUGGGACCUCCAUCCCCCGUCACAGACGUGCCACCAUCACCCACUUGUUGUACCUACAUCCUGAGGGCUACUGCCCACAUGGGCACAUGUGCAACAGCUUUGAUCCUUUGGUGGCCCACCCUCAGGACCCUCACCACCCCCCGGAGAAGCCUGUCAUUCACUGCCAUAAAUGUGGGGAGCCCUGCAAGGGUGAAGUGCUUCGGGUCCAGACCAAACAUUUCCACAUCAAAUGUUUCACUUGCAAAGUGUGUGGCUGCGACCUGGCACAAGGGGGCUUCUUCAUAAAGAAUGGAGAGUAUCUCUGUACCCUGGACUACCAGCGGAUGUACGGGACACGCUGCCAUGGCUGUGGGGAGUUCGUGGAGGGCGAGGUGGUGACUGCUCUGGGCAAGACCUACCACCCCAACUGCUUUGCCUGUACCAUCUGCAAGCGCCCAUUUCCACCGGGAGACCGCGUCACAUUCAAUGGGAGAGACUGCCUUUGUCAACUCUGUGCACAGCCCAUGUCAUCCAGUCCUAAAGAAGCCACCUGCUCCAGCAACUGUGCUGGCUGUGGACGAGACAUCAAGAAUGGACAGGCGCUGCUGGCACUGGACAAGCAGUGGCACUUAGGGUGCUUUAAAUGCAAGUCCUGCGGAAAGGUCCUCACCGGGGAGUACAUCAGCAAGGACGGCGCCCCGUACUGUGAAAAGGACUACCAGGGACUCUUUGGGGUGAAGUGCGAAGCCUGUCAGCAAUUUAUCACGGGGAAGGUCCUGGAGGCAGGUGACAAACAUUACCACCCCAGCUGUGCACGAUGCAGCAGAUGCAACCAGAUGUUCACAGAAGGAGAGGAAAUGUAUCUUCAAGGUUCCACCGUCUGGCACCCCAACUGUAAGCAAUCUACCAAGACAGAGGAAAAGCUGCGGCCUACCAGGACUUCCUCCGAGAGUAUUUAUUCUAGACCAGGCUCCAGUAUCCCUGGCUCACCAGGUCAUACCAUCUAUGCAAAAGUAGACAAUGAAAUCUUGGAUUACAAGGAUUUAGCAGCCAUUCCCAAGGUCAAGGCAAUUUAUGAUAUUGAACGUCCAGAUCUUAUUACCUAUGAGCACUUCUACACUUCGGGCUAUGAGGACAAACAGGAGAGACAAAGCCUUGGAGAGUCUCCAAGGACUUUGUCCCCUACUCCAUCAGCAGAAGGAUACCAAGAUGUUCGGGAUCGGAUGAUCCACCGGUCCACGAGCCAGGGCUCCAUCAACUCCCCCGUCUAUAGCCGCCACAGUUACACUCCGACCACGUCACGCUCUCCCCAGCAUUUCCACAGACCUGGCAAUGAGCCGUCCAGCGGCCGGAACUCCCCUCUCCCUUACCGGCCAGACAGCCGCCCUCUAACUCCAACUUACGCUCAGGCCCCUAAACAUUUCCAUGUUCCAGAUCAAGGGAUCAACAUUUACCGAAAACCACCCAUCUACAAACAGCAUGAUGCAGCUGCCUUGGCAGCCCAGAGCAAGUCCUCAGAAGAUAUCAUCAAGUUUUCCAAGUUCCCAGCAGCCCAGGCUCCAGACCCCAGUGAGACACCAAAGACUGAGACGGACCACUGGCUUGGUCCCCCCUCACUUGCCGGCGUAGGAACUGACAUGCGACGCAGAUCCAGUGGCAGAGAGGAAGAUGAUGAGGAGCUUCUGAGACGCCGGCAGCUUCAAGAAGAGCAACUAAUGAAGCUUAACUCUGGCCUGGGGCAGUUGAUAUUGAAAGAAGAGAUGGAGAGCCGGGAAAGGUCAUCGCUGUCAGCCAGUCGCUAUGAUUCUCCCAUCCACUCAGCUUCACAUAUCCCAUCAUCUAAAACCUCAUCUCUCCCUGGCUAUGGAAAAAAUGGGCUUCACCGGCCUGUUUCUACAGACUUUGCUCAGUAUAACAGCUAUGGUGAUGUCAGCGGGGGAGUGCGAGACUACCAGACACUCCCAGAUGGCCACAUGCCUGCGAUGAGAAUGGACCGAGGGGUGUCCAUGCCGAACAUGCUGGAACCAAAGAUAUUUCCAUACGAAAUGCUCAUGGUGACCAACAGAGGGCGCAACAAAAUCCUAAGAGACGUGGACAGAACCAGGCUGGAGCGCCACUUAGCCCCUGAAGUGUUUCGGGACAUCUUCGGAAUGUCCAUACAGGAGUUUGACAAGUUACCUCUCUGGAGACGCAACGACAUGAAGAAAAAAGCAAAACUCUUCUAACUCCCACGUGUGAAUGGCAAUUAGACAAAGGACUGACGGUGGCGGGGACACAUAGGAUGUGGUACCAAGGCCCCAGCUUGAUUGGAGGAUUUGCAAAGGACUGUCCCUCAGCAACACCAGAAAGGGAAAGUCCGGUCAAAACACCCAUGAGUCGAAUGUUGGGCCAACCAACAGCAACGCUUGCCAAGAGGCAAUGGGGUAGAAAUUUCUAUGUUCCCAAACUCUGCAGUGGUGUCCCCAUGUCACCCUUUACAUUACUUCAUGUGCACAACAGGAGCUACGUUUCUUCCUCCUUUUUCUCUUUUACGUUGUCCAACAGUAGUAACGAUUAUCUGGAUAAGCCAGCAAGUGCCCUUAGGAUGCCGCAUGGGAAUAAUCAGUGGUAAUAAUUCCAAAGUCUGAAUAUAUUUAUUAUACAGCACUGUGGCUGAGAAGGAAGCGGCUGAGGGAUGUACCCAUGUGGUAGCAGCGAUUUAGCACCCACCUUUCCUAACUGGCCUCACUCAGCUCUGCCUGUGUUCUGGCAGGAGUGGAAGUCCCUCUGGGAACCAGGCAGCUCUGUUUGAAUGAGCUGAAUGUCAGCAAAAAUAAUUGUUAAUAAGCUCCUGUUCUCUACUGUUUGCUGUGACCUCGUUGGCAAAUUGCUCAGCUAUUAUUUUUAGUUGCUUAAAGAGAAGGAAAAAGAAUGAAACAUAAUCCUCCCUCACCUCUUUCUGCUUCGGAGAGCUUGAUUCUUGUUCUCCACCCAGGACAGGAGUUAUCUUGGGCUCCACUUUUGCAAAAAAAAGGAAAGACAAAAAUUGUCUCCUGAUCGGCCCCAUUGCAUGCUGUCGGUGAUUUUGCCCAGAAGCCAUACCACUCUUGGCCAAAAAAAAAAAAGGUUCCAUGUCCUACUGAUGCUCCUCCCUCUGCCCUGUCUGCCAUCCUAUGAAUCAGAUCAAGCCCUCACUGAUUUUGCUUUUUAAGGUUUUAUCAGUAAUAGACUAAGGAAAGAUACCUUUUUCUCUGUGAAAUCUCUGCAUCUCCAAAGUUGACUCCCUCCAGUGGAAUCAAUCUGGCCUUUCCAGGGUCCCUUCUUGCCCAGCACUGUUGGCUUCAUGGGGAGCGGGCAUGUGUGUGUGCAACUCACCCAGGGUAGCUCCGUGAGUCUGCACGGGCUUUUUAAUUUCUGCUCGAAGUUUGUCCCAUUGUGCUGAAGCUUCUAAGAGACAUUUGCACAAGCACGCAUGGCUCAAAAUAUCAAGAGUGAUGCAAAACUGUGCCCCCAACCCCGCCUCCUUCAUGGAAGGGUGUUGGCACUUAGAAGCCGCAUGCUGAUGUAGCCCAUGGCAGGGUCAGACUGAAGACCGCAGGGGGAAGACCAGGCUGCGUGUGGCAGCCAGGCCAUCUGGCCAGAGCCCUCAGUCUACAAAACCACCUUCCAUUUUGAGCUGAGGGAUUCACCAACAUAUGCAUAAAACCUCAUCAUGAUUCCUGAUAUGAGUGAGUGAGAGUUUCUCCAACUUCACACACACACACACACGAAGUCAAGUCCCAUCUAUUCUCAUGCUUUGAGGCUCUGCUUAAAAUUUAAGUUCUGUUUUAAAGCCAAAGAAGAAAGCAUUUGAAUUCUCCGUUUUCCACAGCGAACAAAAGCUCAGAAAUUCUUGCUGUCACCAGGGCUGGCUGUCUCUCUGAUACCAGCGGUCAAAAGCAAGGGUAGUUUCUGAGCCCGUGUUGCAGACCCCUGGCUUGUGCCCUGCCCCUGUCUGGGGUGUUCUGGACAUUACAUGGUAUUCUCCGGGGCUGGGACUGAAGGAAUCUCAGUUUGCCUGCCUUCUCACUGCUGUGCUCUGAAUGUAUGCGGAACACUCUCACAAAGAUGUACACACGUGUGUGUGUCUACUAACACCCUUAGCAAAUGGCUCUGACGGGGUGGCCUGAGCAGACGGGACCAGCUCCUGCCUGGCCACACUGCUCUCUGCAGUCACACCCCUGCAUGUGUGAGUCGCCUGUUUGAUUCUGCAUUUGUCCUGCCCUGUCUGCACCCACAGCUUCAUAACACUGCCUGGGUGUCCUCGUCCCUGCUUCGCUCUGGCAGAGUGCAGGGGUGGGAAGGAUGUUGCAUUCCCAGUGUUUCUCGACCCCAGUGGACAACAGUGGUGGCCAAAGAGGGGCCCAGCCCUCAGCUGGUGGAGAGAUUUUUUUUUCCUCUGUGGGGACGAUACAGGACUGCCCAUGUUUCACGCUGGUUUCUGAGUUAACCUACAGGCACAUGUGGAUCAAACACCAGUUUGUUGGGGAAACACGGGCAUAAACAGUUGGUUUUUCUAAAAUUGCUAUCUCUUCGGCCUCCAUAAAGAAGACAUGGCUCUGUCCUAGAAUUAGGACGUUAGACUGAAAAAAGAGGCCGCCUCCUUAUGUUACAGAGACCCAGAGUGAAGGGGCCUGCCUCAGAUUGCAAUGACAGUUAAAGAACUGAACCCUAAACCUGCCCGACUGAUGACACCCUGCUUCCUUGUAUCUUUUGAACUCCGUUCUACAUCCAACUUGAGGAGGAAAAAACAAUUUUCUUUCCAUAUCAUGUAUUAUGUUAGUUCAUUUAAACUAUUCCAUGUAGAAAUGCACUGCUGGGCAACAGCAGUGGCUCCUGUCUGUAAGCAGAGCCGUGCUGUGCUCAGGAAGGGCUCGUGAACACACACAGCAGAGUAGCCCCCCUCAGCAGAGGGCCCCAGCUGGAAGGAGGGGCUCACGGGACGCCUGGUUCUCCUAAUUGCCAAAUCUCUGACGUAUGGGCUCAGAGGAUCUAGCCAUUUUGUUAAACUAGGCUUAGCGUGCUUUUUCUCAAAACGUCCAGGCCACAAUUCAGGAGAGGGAUAUUCUCUGCUUUAACCCUGCCCUGUUCUACGCAUGGAAAUUCUAGUUGUUUGUACACUCAAAUUAAUGGAGCUCAUUCACCCCAGGAAAGGAGUCGUUCCCGGGGCAGUCUUCCCUGCUGCACACAUAAAGGGCUACGUUUCUAACCAUUUGACUGACUUGGGACUCCGAGCGUGUUCUGAUGGCAUGACUCUGCAAAUUUUAAGUGCUUCCCUUAAAAUUUCUUCAAGAAAAAUCCAGGCUAUCCUGAAGUCUUUCUGUGUGACUUAUAUUAGGAGAUAGGAAGAGCGUCUGGAAGCUCGUGCAGCCAGCUACACAUCUGCAUUUUGGUUUGGUAUUAGUUUGAAAUGUUCUUAAUGUGACUUCUUCAAUAACUGAACACAAACUGCCUGUUUUCUGAAACCUCAGAAGAACUAGACUGAAUAGGUCAAAAAAGAAAAAAAAGAGAGGGUCCUUCUCUAUCCAUCGUGUCUUCUAGUUGUCUUCCAUCACCUGCCCCCUCAAUUCUGUCUUUGCCAAGCUGAGUUUCUUCCGAGGCAGAGGCUAGAGCAUUUCUCUUGUUCAGCUGUCAUCACUCCAUCCCAAUCUGAUCUGUCAAUCAGCUCUACCUGGGAGAAGUCUACCUGGUAAUCUUUCUAAAACUUUCACUGAAUUUCUUUACACUUGGAAGCAAACAUCUUUUUCUAAGAAUUGCUUCUCAGAUGAUUAUAUAAAAUGUACAUGCUUUUGCAAGUUUGAAAAAUUAGAAUUAACCAUUUUUGACUAGGUAAGUCUUUCUAAAAACAAAGUAAAUCUGGUGUUACUGUCCUCUGGCACGUUGUGGGGACAGGUGACCACUCCGGGUUGUGUUUUCACAGCCCUUUCUCUGUCCUGCAAAACAGUGGAAGGAACGGAACUGUCUCUUCCACCCCUCUAUGUCCUCUGAAGCAAGCUCAGUUUUUAUGAAAUCACCCCUUCUGUAUUUCUGUUGGCUAAUUAAUCUGUCUCUCCUCUGCCAGCCUUGAUUUUGUUUGAUUUUUAAAAUUCUUUUGAUGAACAAGGUGUUUGUCGAUAGGCCUAAAACUGGCUCUUUCGUGCUUGUUUUCUGGGUAGAAGAACUUUUCUAUCCAGCAAAAGAGACAAUUUGGGCCUUGAGAUAAAUGAUGCCAACUUACAGUGAUGAUAUGCAGUCAAAGAAUUUGCGCAAAUACAUCGAGCUAGGAAAAGACUUUGGCAUUUUGUUUUUAAAGAAAAAAAAAGGUCACUAUCUUUAUUUUUCCAUUUGCUGCCCAGGAGGCCAUAGGAGAUGGUGACAGCUACGCUUUACAUAUGGACUGCUAUGUUUUUAUUUCAGCAAGUUUAAUUUACAGCAAACCCCAAAAGAAAAGGGGAGGCGAUCAGUUUCAGCUGAGAGAAACUUUCUAAACGAUGCACAUGUAUAUCGCAACAUUAAACAAAUUCAACGUUUUCUGAAGCUUAGUGUAACUGAGUGGGGGUUGUUAUCAUUAAAUAAAAUUCUUCCCCAAAGAGUCUCCCAAGAGUGAAGUUGCUGUGAGUCACUUCGCAAGCCCCUUGCUGAGAGGUGGAGGCAGACAGCCCCAGGCAGACGCCCAUUCGGAAAGAUGCGAGGCGCUCACUGAUCCUGUCUGUGUCUGCCAGUGCACCUUUACCUUCUGGAAGAGGAAACCACUGUGCACAAAACUUACGUUCCUUUUGGGUUUUAUGUUUAAACGUGCACUUUCUAUGAAUGACAGGUCUGCACUGAGGCUCUCUCAGCUCUUUCAUUUGAAGUUGAGUUUAUGGAAUUCUUUUUUUUUUUUUAAAUGUCAGAAGGCGUACAGCUCUUCCUACCCUCCCUCCCCUUUCAGAAAUAUGAAAGCAAAUAUUUAGAAGAAUUCCC